GGACCCCCCCGUGCCCCCCAGCCCCUCUCCCGCACCCCCACCCCCGGGACUGUGCCGAGGAGCAGCGGAACGGGCCGGGCCCCUCGCGGGAGACCCUCGUGUUCCUCGGAGGGGACCCGGCCCGGCCCCUCAGGGUCUUCUGUGACAUGGAGACGGACGGCGGCGGCUGGCUGGUGUUCCAGCGCCGCCAGGACGGGGGCACCGAUUUCUGGCGGGGGUGGGAGUCGUACGCCCACGGCUUCGGCAACAUCAGCGGCGAGUUCUGGCUCGGGAACGAAGCGCUGCACGCGCUGACGGCCGGGACCCCCACGGAGCUGCGCGUGGACCUGCGGACCCCUCGCGACUCCGCCUUCGCGCACUAUCGCGACUUCGCCGUCGGCGGCGCUGAGGAGCGAUAUCGGCUCCGAGUCGGGACCUUCAGCGGCACCGCCGGGUUUGGGGGGUCCCUGGUGGAUUUUUUGUGUCCCUGA